AUGGCACCCAAGGAGUAUUAUACGGCAAAGAUCCAAGAUGCACUCGAGUUGGGCAAAAAAACCUAUCGGCUUGGGUGCAUAUGCCCACUGGCGGAUAAUUUGAGCGUUGAUCUGCUUGUAGAUGCCAAGGCAGGGCUGGAGGCCCAGGAUGAAUGGGAUGCUAGACGGAGAGCCUUUCGUGUGGACAAAACCAAACGGGACCUGGAGGCGUGCUUCCGAGACGAGAUUCGAUACUUUGACCUUCUGUCAGAUCUCGAUCGGAUCUUCAGAGAACAUUACUUCUUGAGAUAUUUUGACUGCCGACCUGAAGAACUGGAAGGAACUCUCGAUCGAGCUUACGGGGGUCAACGACGCAUUUACGGAGGGAGGCAAAACCACUCCUCGGACACACUCAUUACUACGAACGCGGGAAACCCGAGCUGGCCGCAGCUUCUCAGAGACCUGGAUAAGGAAAAUUAUCGACCGGAUGAAUGGGCCAUAGCUCUGCCCGCAGAGCAUCCGAUGCCAGACACUCCGGCCAGGAACACCAUAAAAACUAUCGCGAGACUGUUCCGCAAAGACCCUAAUAUCCUCGUUAGCAUUGUGCGGGAGAUGACCGGAGAUAAGGACAUUGACCCCUACUCCAGUCUCAGAUUUCGGGGUUCAUGGGAACGGCUGGCCUACCGGAUACGUAAGGACUCUAUUCAACUUUGGGGCCGCCUGCAAAGAUUCGAAGACAGAGACCGCCUGGCGGAACUGGAGCUCUUAAUCCAUGAAAAGAUCACGAAGACCUUUGCUGUCCACAGGUUCGACGAUAUGGGGGUUUGGCGCUACAUUACACCGACGGACUGGGCGCGGAAACAGACGCUUUCCUAUUUGCGAGAGGAGGCUAGGCGUUGA